AGUAGCAGCACCAGAUCCAAGAUGGCGGCCAGCAGGAGGCUGAUGAAGGAGCUUGAAGAAAUCCGCAAAUGUGGAAUGAAAAACUUCCGUAACAUCCAGGUUGAUGAAGCUAAUUUAUUGACUUGGCAAGGGCUUAUUGUUCCUGACAACCCUCCAUAUGAUAAGGGGGCCUUCAGAAUCGAAAUCAACUUUCCAGCAGAGUACCCAUUCAAACCACCGAAGAUCACAUUUAAAACAAAGAUCUAUCACCCGAACAUCGAUGAAAAGGGGCAGGUCUGUCUGCCAGUAAUUAGUGCUGAAAACUGGAAGCCAGCAACCAAAACCGACCAAGUAAUCCAGUCCCUCAUAGCACUGGUGAACGACCCCCAGCCCGAGCACCCACUUCGGGCUGACCUAGCUGAAGAAUACUCUAAGGACCGUAAAAAAUUCUGUAAGAACGCUGAAGAGUUUACAAAGAAAUACGGGGAGAAGCGACCUGUGGACUAAACUCUGCCGCGACUGAUUCCAGCGAGUGUGAGCGGAGAUCCCGAGCAGCGCAUUCAGACACCCCGCAAAGCAGGACUCUGUGGAAAAUUGACACGUUCCGCCGCCUGGCGUUUGCUUGUGGCAGUUACUAACUUUCUACAGUUUUCUUAAUCAAAAGUGGUCUAGGUAACCUGUAAAGAAAGGAUUAAAAA